CCUGGCAACUUGUGAAUGAUUUACAAAUGGCCGUCAAAGUGAAGUGGAAUUUUAUGUUAUGAAUACAAUUUUAUUGACACCUCGUAUAUAUAAACUGUAAUAAAAUACGCAUUAAGUAUAACGUUGUGUAAUGUAGUAACUACAGAGGCUAUGGUUGCUUUCACUGAAGUGAUGAAAAAGUAGCAAAUUAGACAAUAAUAUUCCUCCUCAAAAAGAGUUUUUAUUUGAGAAACUUGGAAAAUGUCAACAGUUACAAGUCCUACUAGGUCAGUGGCUGAUCCAUCUAGGAAAGGGGUUGUUACUGCUACUACUAAUGCUGCCCCUGUAUUGCCAUCAGAGAAACUUGAGUCAAGACUGAAGAUAAAAGAUUUGGAGGCUCUACAAGAUGCUUUCAUGGUUGAUGGAGAUGGUUAUGACAAUAGGUUGAAUCUUACUAGAGAUCAAUUCUGUGAAGCACUCUCAGUUAUACUUAAUAAAGGAAAUAAAGAGGAGUAUGGAGAACUAUUUGAUAAGAUAGAUCUGACAAAGGAUGGCUAUGUAGACUGGGACAAGCUUGCCUCCCAUAUGCUAUUAGAGUUCUAUGAGAAAGAUGACAGAGUCAAGUCAACACAAGUACCUCAAUGGAAGGAUAUAAGACACUUGCCAAGCCCACACAAAGAAAUUAUACAGAGAGUGUCGUUUCUGAAGAAUACUUCACGAUAUAUAGCUAUAAGCAAGGAGGGCUCUGUAUCUAUGUGGGGGCAAAAUAUGAAGCUACAGCGCCAUCUAAAGACUGGAACAGAAUCUUGCAAGGCGAGAGAUCUUUGGGUGACACACUUUGUAGCCCUUCAGAAUAUUAACAAGAUUGCUCUGGCUUUCACGAGUAAAGAAAUAGCAUUUUAUGAUCUGAGUUCCAAGUUAGAGUUCAACUGUCAAUACAAGGUCCAGGGAUUGGAUCACACACCUCUCUGUCUGGAUUACUGGUCUAAUCCUGAAAACAUCAAUGAGGCUAUUAUAACAUGGGGUGAUACUGGGGGAUGUGUCAAUGCUCUGCAUUUCACUUCAGUCAAUAUUGCUCUCUUUGAGAGGCCCCCUGCUCCAGCUGGGGAAAAGCAAGAUCCUUGCCUGAAUGUCCAGCUGAGUGACAUUCUGAAGAAAAAGUACAAAAAUGCUAAAUAUUUAAAGCAUAAAGGACAUACAGAGUGGGUGAGACAAGUGAUGUACUCUGUCCACUUGGAGUGUUUCUUCAGCUGUGCUACAACAUGGAAGAAUUCUGUCAUAAUAGGGUGGAUGGAGAAACACCCCCAAGCUGUCAAUACUCUCAAAACGAAUGAAAUAGUUGUCCACCCUAAACUUAUCCAAAGAACGACUGUGUUUCAAAUAUCUGGAGGAGUGAACGCAUUUGACUACCAUCCUGAUCUGAAUUUAAUAGCCACUGCUGGUGUAAACCACCAUGUCUGCCUGUGGAAUCCAUAUGUGAUAUCAAAGCCAAAUGGGGUUUUACGUGGUCACAUGGCGAGUGUGAUACAAGUCCAGUUUAACACAGCCAGAAACCAACUUAUAAGCUUCUCUAAAGACAAGGUGCUGCGUAUCUGGGAUGUCCAAUUACAAGUGUGUAUACAGAGAUUGGCUGGGAUGUUUCCGAAAGGGCCAGAGGUUCAUAGCACUUUAUUCUUUGAUGAGCUUCGCAACAAACUGUUUAUCACAUUCAACUACUCGCUGACACUUAUGGAAAUGAAGGCGGAGAUACGUGAUCGCAUCAUGUCACAUGACCGACCUGUGAUUGGUGCACUGUAUAACCAAACAUUCAAUCAGGUGAUCAGUGCAUGUCAGGGUGGCACUGUACAGAUCUGGAUGGUUGACAGUGGCCAAAAGGUGAAACAAUUCACACAGGCACAUGGCACUGCUGAGGUGACGACACUUGCUCAAGAUGAAACAAGACUCUUCACUGGGAGCACGGAUGGAACAGUCAAGGUAUGGGACUUCAAUGGCCAUUGUUUCCAUACACUGCAGUGUGGUGGGGGACAACAGGCUGAUGUGGGAUAUGUCAUUGUGCUCAAACAUAGCAUUGUAGUUGUAGGAUGGGCAAGGCAUGUGACAGUAUUUCGAAACAGCAGUUUGAAGGAUUACCAUGUACAACCCGCAGAUUGGAAGGGUGGCCAGGCUCACAGUGAUGACAUCCUGACUUGUGCAUACAGUGGCCCCAGCAUGCUUGCCACUGGGUCAUAUGAUGGAGAAAUUGUCAUUUGGAAUACCAGUUCAGAAACUGCAUCAAAACACCUGAACCAGCGGUCAAAGAGGCAAGUGAUGGGCUCCAGGGGGAAGACUUUUGCACUUGCCAGUAGAGAUUCUACCAUGGUGCUGUCCAAAGAGACUACACAAGUAGCAGAGGACAAGGGAGGCUUUGACAGCCAUGCGUUUUCCUCUCCAAUGAGACCACGAACUAGACCCAAAUCACGGGCUAUGUCUAGGAUCAGUGCUGGUACAAAUGAUGACCAGAAUGAGUAUGGUUUUGCAAUCUCCAAAUUGAUCUUCCUGGAGGCCCGCAAGAAUAGCUCUGCCAGUGGGGGUGCCAAUCUUGUGUCCUGUGGUGGCAAUGGCUGGGUCAGGUUCUGGAACACCUCACGAAACUGUCUUGUUGGGGAAUUCCCAGCACACACACAAGUUGGUAGUAUUAUAAUGGCAGUUGACAAGGACAACCAUCACCUGGUGACAGGGGAUGUCGAUGGACUUGUGAAAGUUUUCAACAUUUCUGAAUAUUGUCGGCAUCCAACUGAUGAAAUCAAUAAAAUACCUCCCCCAACUCGUGCCCAGUGGACAGCACACAAUGACAUCAUCAACACAAUUGACACAUGUAAGAGGAAUGAUCGCCGCCUUGUGAUCACUGCAUCUUCUGACUGCAGCGUCUCACUAUGGGACUUUGACGGCAAAUUCAUUGGAACUUUUGGACAGGAAGGACAUUGGAAGAUAGAACCCUAUGUAGCCCCAUCAGAAGAUGAACAAAUGGAAAUAGAGGAUGAGAGUGAAGAAGAGGAGAUUGAACUGGAAGAAGAUGAGGAUACAGUCUGGGAACCAGAUGAUCGACCAAUCACAGACCCAAGUGGAUUCAGAAUGAAUGUCUGGGAUAGUUCUGAAAUAGGGAAACACUACCAGGAAAUGAGAGUAAACAAGAGAGAGAGAAGGCAGCCACAAACAAUACCAGAUCUGCCAUACCUGCACUGGGAGAAGACGGGAGCCCCACCAGCAGGGCCUUAUGCUGCUCUUGACACAUUUGAACUAAACUCAGAAGGGAAUCUCUCUAAACCGCAGUUCAUGACUCAACCACAUAAGUACUUCAAAGAGAUGGCCUCGGGAAAUGGAAAAGACAAACUUCCAGUAUUACAUGAUGCAUCUGAGUCCAAGUAUAUAACGGAAGAGGAAGGGGGUCUGAAAGCAACAUGGGACGAAAGAAACUUAUUUCCCCGUUAUAUCCUCGAGUAUGAAACAAAAAUGAAACAGUACAGACAACAAGAGAAGACUGUCAAUAGUUUAAAGACAAAAUCAAAGGGAAUUACAGGAUUUGGAAUAAACAGGAACAAUGCGCCCUCCCCAAAUAAGUCACGCCCACCUGUAUUGAAGCCACAGAGACUUAAGCCAAUUAUCUCAAAUCCCAACCCUGCAUUGUCUACAAGAUCGAGCUCCACAGGAAUUACAACUCAUAAUCAUGUACCAAGUAUAAUUGUUAAGGACCAUCCAUCGUCAAUGAAUGGAAACAAUUCGCAUAAUACAGAUGAUAUUCAGGAAUAAUUGUUCAUAAUACAGAAUUAUCGUUCAUAAUACAGAUAAUAAUUAGGAAUUACCACUCAUAAUACAGA